AUGGAUCCGGAACGCUAUCGCGACGUUACUCUCCUUGGCCAGGGGGCGUUCGGGAGUGUUCACCGGGCGACCAGGGUGCAGGACAAUGUGGUCGUUGCUGUGAAGGAGAUUGACCUCAACCGAGUGUCUGCGGAGUUUCAUAGCACCUUUGAGCGGGAAUACCAGAUUGGCAAAAGCCUGAUUCACAAGAACAUCCUUCGCUACCUUGCGUUGCACCAGAGAGGCGAUAACGUGCUUCUUAUCGAGAUGGAGCUGUGUCCGGACGGCUCUCUCGACGAUAUGAUUAAAGAGGCAUCACGAGGGAACGAACUGGUAGCCGAGGAUACAAUCUGGGAAACAGUUGUCCAACUUUGCGAUGGACUCGAGUACCUCCAUGAUAACUCUAAUAAGUCGUGUGGCAAGAUCAUCCAUCGGGAUCUUAAGCCGGACAAUAUAAUGUACUCGGGCGCAACUCUGAAGAUCGGUGAUCUGGGCUUGGCGCGCAUGAUUGAGAAGAAUUCGAAGAUGACGGUGUACGUCGGCACUCCGCAGUACAUGGCGCCAGAGGUAGCCCGCGGACUGGAGUAUGACACCUUCGCAGAUAUCUGGUCCGUUGGGUGCAUUAUAUAUGAGAUGUGUUGUCUCCGGCGUCCGCCGUGGGACGCAAAGACCCUUGAAGGCGAUCCGUCUGUCGACAUUCCAGAGGAAUACUCAAACGAUCUCAAGGAGCUGAUUAGAAACUGCCUUCGGUUUACUCCAUCUUCCCGCAUUGGACUAGCGUCCAUCAGUACCAAUGGACGAGUGCAUAGGGCGCGCGAUCGUAUAAACAAAAAGACCGACGACUUUCUCGUUGCCGUGCGAGAGAAGAACGUCAAGCACAUAAAUGGGAACAUUGAUGUUCUGCAGCUGUGUGCCAAAGAGGCGGUCGAAAUUGCCAGGAGGGAUAAGCUGUUUGAUGUAAUGCAGAUCUUGGUCCCACAGCUGUACCAAAAGAAUAUUCUCAUCACUCUGGAUCCAAUCGAGACGACGCAGACAGACAAGCCCACCGCACUAAUGACUAUGGUUCAGAACAACAAGUGGAAGGCGCCGAAGGCGCAGGAAUACAAGGCAAGCCUUCAAAAGAACUACUCUGUAUUGCUUACACUUGAGGACGACAAUCCUGGCACUCCACGUUAUGUCCUGGGCACAACAGCACUUAUGGUUGCAGCGCAUUACAACAACGUGGAAGCAGUGAAGAAUCUUCUAGCAGAGGUCGGGGCACGUGACAGUCAGGGCUUUACAGCCCUAAUGUACGCGGCGCGCAGGGGCCACACGCAGGCUGUUUCUCUUUUGCUGAUCGAGGCCGGAGCCACGAAUAACUUUGGACACACAGCCCUGAUGCUCGCUGCUUGGCACGGCCACAAAGACUGCGUCAAGGUUCUCUAUGAACUGGAGGAGGGUAUCAGUGAUCACAAUGGCUAUAAGGUCAUUAGUUACGCUGAAAAUCCAAUGCCAUCCAUCCCGUCUGAAGUGCAGAAGGACAUAGUCGAGAUUAUUUCUAGUCACAAGUAA